AUGGCAGAGGCAAUUAAUAUUGAUCCUAAUGAGGAUCUUCAUUCUGGAAAGGAAUAUGAGACAAUGGAACAAGGUUCUAUAUCAAAUGUUCAGGUUGAACUUAUAUCAAGAUUUUUGUCGGAGUGUCCGCAAGCAGCUUUAAAUGUACACAAGUACUUGCAGAAAAAUUAUUCAAAGUCAAAUCAGCAACAACAACAAAUCAUGCAACCAGUGAAUUCAACACCGAAACGUGGUCAUCCACUAGAUGAAAGCGGAGGUUCGAUCAGCAACGCAAGAGGUCUUCGUAAAUAUCCUCGAAGGGGUAUUGACAAUAAUGCACAUAAGUACUCACAUAAUGUACAACCAGAAAUUAAUUUACAAACACAGCUACCAUCGUCAUCAACGUCGUCAGAUGUAAGACAACAUCAAGAGAUAAAUCAAGAUAAUAAGAAUCGUAAACGAAUUUCUUUUAAUCAACUGAAGCACGCGGUAUCGUCUAACUUACCAUGUUUUUUUAUUGAAUUCACCUCGGAUGCGGAUCGUAAUAGUAUUCCAACAGCUCUUCAUGCAAGUGAUCUUAUACUGAAAGAACUGCAAACCAAUGGUGUUUUAAUCAAUAGGUUUACAUUAGUAGGAUGGGCAGGAAAAAAGCUAAAGUUAGGUGUUAAUAAUAAAGAAGAUUACGCUACUCUCGUCAAUUCGGAUAAAUGGCCAACAAAGAUAAAUGGAAUUGAUAUUGUGGUCGUGAAACCAAAAUAUAUACCUGAUUCAUUCGCUCUCGUCGUCCGUUAUGUACCUAGGGAAAUAGAUGAAAAUUUUGUUUCAAAUGAAAUUCAGCGAACAAUUGCUUCUGCAGAUCGUAUUAAACGUAUUCAUUAUUCAUACCAAAGAAGAACAGAUGAUUAUCGAUUCGAUGUGAAAGAUUA